GAAAAAAGAUUCUUUAAUGGCCACUUUCCGGGGUCACUUAAGAAGGAAAAAGGCGUCCAUUAGGAGCGGUGCUGGGGGCGAUGAUAUUUACAAGCCUAUAUGGUUUGCAUACAGCUUUAUGGAAACUUUUCUUGGUCAAAUAUAUGACUGCCACCCUCCCAUAAACAGUCAAGACACGAUUUCUCUUGAUAACGAAACCCUCGAGCCCACAUCUCAAGAAUCAGAAUCAGAAAUCAAUGAAGUAGUGAAUGUUGUACCCUCAGCUAAGUCUCAGCAAGCAGCACUUGUAGCCAAACCUCACCGACCAACACCCUUACCAAUCUCUCAGCAAAGAUAUCGUCGUCGCCAAGUUCCUACGGAAUUGCUUUAA